GGGUUUCAAAUUCCAAACAACGAAAUAUUUACAAAACCAUCAAAAAUUUUGUGUCUUCCAAACAUUUGUGGAUAUUAGCAGGUAGUUUCUCUCUCCCACUCGGUAUUAUCAUUUCGGCCGUUCGUUUACUUUCGAGUGCGAGGAUUUCACGUGGAACCCAAUCGUUAGUCCCGAACGUAGUAUACGGAAAACGGAGAAUUCAUUUCUUUCUAGCCAUGCCUAAGCCAACCCGAUUUGUGGUGGCAUUGAGAAUAUGAGAAUCGACUAGUGAGGUGCCGGCGAUAUAUUUUACUAAAUACGUGUUUGUGUGUUUAGAAGUGUGGUGGGUGAAAAUAAAUUUUAAUCAACAUUUCCAAAUGAAUACAUAUAUAUGGCGUGGAGAAUUCUUCAAUUUGGCGCUUUGUUUGCAAUAGGAUGUACUUUGGAAUCUAAUUCGGAUUCAGGAUUUGUUGACAAAGCAUUUGAAACACCAAGUAUAGACCUGUCUUUAAAAUUGGUCGAUCCACAAGAUGUAGUCGUUGCAAGAAAUCAAAGCGCACUUUUGAAGUGUCAAGCCGAUUCUACGCAAGGUCCGAUACAAUAUACGUGGCUUCAUUAUGGAAAAAAAAUUCUGGAAAAUGAUACGAAUCGUAUCAUCCAAAAAAAUGGAGACUUGUAUAUUCCCAAAGUUUAUUCGGGAAAAACAGGAGACAUUGAAUAUGUGGGAGAAUAUCGAUGUCUUGUUAGAAAUAAGGUGGGAGCUCUUUUAUCCAAUGUGGCCAAGUUAAAAAUUGCUUCAUUAAAAGAGUUUUCUGCAGAUCCGGUAAACUCUACAGUUCACCUUUACCAACCUAAAAUACUCCGAUGUGGUAUCCACUCGACUCCUCCUGUUGAUAUUCAAUGGGAGUUUAAUAAUAAUCUCAUUCUACCUCACCAAACAAGCUAUGUUCCUUUACCCAACGGGGUUAUGUUAAUACAAAAAUCUCAAAUUUCCCAUAGCGGAAAGUAUAGGUGUAAAGCAUCAAAUGAUAAACUUAAUAAAACUAAAUAUAGUAAAGUAGCUUAUAUGACAGUGUUGCCACAAUUAACCGAGUCAACAGUACCUUCAUUUCUACCUCUGGAUAUUUCACCGAACGUUACAGUUUUAAUUGGUGAUAAACUCACUCUGUAUUGUCCCGUAAUGGGAUGGCCUAUACCUAUAGUACAAUGGCUGUUUCAUGGCGACGUAGUAGGUAACGCGUCCAUUUUGGAAAUACCAAAAGUACAAAACAGCAAUGGAGGCAGCUAUAUUUGCAGAUCUUAUAAUAAAAUGGGUAGUAUUAGUCAGAAUUUUAACGUUUUAGUUAGACAGAUGCCUAAUUUCGUCGUUAAACCCAUUUCGAAAUUAUACCCAGCAGCUAUAACAGCGAGACUAGAUUGUAGCGCUACCGGGAUACCUGAACCUACAAUAAAAUGGCUGAAAGAUGGACAAAUUCUCAAAUUCGAUUCCAGAAUAAGGGCGCACGCGAAAGGGAUCAUUUUCAGUCAUACGUUUACCAACGAUUCGGGAAUGUACCAAUGCGUGGCAACGAAUUCAGUAGGAAAAGUAUGGGCUGCCGUACAAAUAGAUAUUAUAAAUGUCUCGUUAACACCUAGCCCUCCACAGAAACUAAGAUGCAGACCUUAUAAUACUUCAACGAUAUGUCUCAGUUGGAAAUCACCUGCAAAUAUUAGCGUAACUGCUUAUAGUAUUCAUUCAUUAUAUAAAGAAAACGGAGUAGAAGUUGUAGGUCCUGAUUAUGUCAGAAAUGUAACUUCAAUGGACGCCGACCGGUUAAAUAGUGAUACAGAGUACACUUUCUACGUUAGAUUGUAUGCUCCAGGUGCUAGUGAUCCAUCGGAGAAGGUCACAUGCAGAACUGGCAUAUUCGGUAACCGCAACUUGGAUAUAGAGAACAAAGACAACACUUCUGUGAUUCUGAAAUGGUCAGAACUUACUACAGACGUUUCUUGUACGGGUGAACGAUAUUCCUAUAGAGUUCAAUGGAAAAGUGAUCUUCCUUGGUCGUUUUUUAGCAAUUUUACAAAAAAGAAGUCAUUUCUAGUCACAGGUCUUACUGCUGGAGUAGAGUACAAUUUCCGUGUAGUUUCCACGAACAAAGACGAAACGGAAUUGGGUACUUGGACGCCUUACAUAAUUCCAGACCCAACGAAUAGUACAAACCUAAAUGAAACUAACACAACCAGCGAAGUGACCCCAGUGCCGCCAAUGGAUAUAAAGGCGGUAGUUCAAUCUGCUUCUACCAUUAAACUUAGAUGGAGUAAAGUACAAAAUACGAAAUUUUUUACUGUAUGUUAUGCGGCUGCUGACGAGAAGAGCGGCUGCGAAGACAAAAAUUUGGUAAAAAGUUUUACAAAUAAGAUCCACAUAAAAAAAUUGAAACCAAAUACUAAAUAUGAGUUUAGAGUACGAGCUCAUAGUUUGGAUGGAACACCAGGGUAUUUUUCUGAACCAAUAUAUGCCACAACCACAGCUGAUGUUCCACCUCCAGUUACCAAUCUUGAGUACAAAGUAAUAAAUGACACCAGUAUCUACCUCCAGUGGCGAAAACCUAAAGAAACCUCGUCCAAAAUAAAAAAAUACAUUAUCACAUAUAGUCCGGACAAUAUUUGGCCCGUGGAAAAUUGGAUAAACAUAACAUUGUCUGUUAAAGAUGAAGAAUUAGUUGACGACGACGACGACACCGUAUCGACCAUCCUCGGUAACCUGGAUUGCGACAACAAUUACACGGUUUUGGUUAGAGCAGUUUCCGACGUCGGAGUUAGUAGAGCGAUGGUGGUAUUACACGUAACUACUAAAACGAAACUUGCUCAACCGGAAGUGUCCUCUACGGACGUUAAAUAUAAACAGAAAGUUGGUUUAAUAGUAGGCACCAUAAUCGCUUUACUCUGUAUCGUUUGUUGUAUCGCUUGCAUUUUGGUACGACGUCGGUGCGUUAAAAGAAGAACCAUGGAAAGAUCCAGAAUGACUACUUCGAAUAAUUAUUAUCCAGCUGUUGCUCAUUACGCUUCUCAAAUUGGAUCAGUUCAAGUUAGACUCGAAGAAACUUGCAACGACGACGAACUGGAAAAUCAAUUUUUGGUAUCGGAUAGGAUCACUACGAAUAUUCCGACGUUACAUACCGACAAUUUGGAUACUAAGGGCGGUGAAGAAUUUCCGAAUUCUCAUUCUAACGGUUCUGCCAAACCUUAUAUGAACGGACAUGUGCAUAUAACGGAAAAUCCGCAGUUUUACCCGUUCAGUUGUAAUGGUCAAGGACUGCCCGUGAAACUCGAAAAACUCACGCCUCUACGCUACGAAGAAGACCCCAAUUCAAACGUAAAACCUUCCAAAUUUUACGAUCUCCAUAAAUUAUUCGAAAAUUCGAAAAAGCUUCGAACUGCCAAUCACCAUCAGUGUAAUCCACAUUUCGGUGAAAACGAAGACAUUCGUAGCUCCUGUGAUGAUAUACAUUCAUCGGAAUCUUCUAGAAACGUUUCAUUAAAUGGAACUCAAAUGACAUCCCUUAAUGAUACGACUUUAAACACGACCGAUCAAAGUAGAAGAAAAAGUCCCAUAUUAGGACCGAAUGGGUAAUAAUUGCCAUCAGAUUUUAACGAUUAGAGAAAUUUUUAAUUUGUUCAAUGUGGAUAGUGAUAACGCUUAUCUGGAUUAAUUUAAUUCAAAAACGAAAAGUUAUACUAAAUAAUUGUUUGGAACAAUAAUUACAUUCUAAUUAUCUUUUUGGUAGAAACUGUUUGAAUUAUAAAUUUAUUCCAAUUAUCCCUCGUAUAGUAAUUCUUUCAAUUAUGUUUGUAUAUUGCUUUGGGGGAAUCAGCAAAUGUAAAUAAAUAAGCAAAAUCAUACACUGCCGACAGAAAGUUUCCGGACGAGAUGAACAUUUAUUAAAACAGUUAUUAGAAAUAAAAUAAAUCAAGUUAAAGGUUUAUUUUAAAAAUGUCAUAUCAUAAAACCAUUAACAUAUUUUGUCUCUUGUACUGCUACACUUUCUUUUCAUCGAAGAAACCACUUCUGAUCGCCACUAAUUUGGCAUUCUUUUCAUAAGUUUUUCUAACGCACUAUUUGGUAUAUUAUUCCAAGACGUUUGAAGAAGUGGGAUCUUUCCGGUCCAGCUCAUCCCUCAAUAAUUCUAUUGGAUUUAGGUCCGGAGAUUGUGGGGGUCAUUUCAUUAUUUCUAACUUACUAUCUUCUUUAUUUUGUAAAUAGUUAAGACAAAGCUUAGAUUUGGGCUUUGGGUCAUUAUCUUUUCUAGCAGUGAAAAGGUUAAUUCUGUAGAGAUCCCCUAGUCCAGCAUAUGAAAAACACCCCCACACCCAUCAGGAUGCAUUUUUGCCCAGGUAUGUUUUAUUUAAAUCGUAGUUUAAAACCAACUUCAUCCAGAAAUUUAUUUUUUAGCGCAUUUUUAAUAAAGUUUAGUUUUUAAAAUUUUUGUAAACUAAUUUUUUCUAAAAACUAUUAUAGUUUCAAAUUAAGUAUUUACAAAUUUUUAAAGAGAAAUAAGUACCAUUGAAAACAAAACUUUUUACUGUAGAAGAACUGAUUUGGAGACUUGGUUUUUUGUUUUUGCCACUCUUUGCCUUAAGAGCUUCUUUUAUUUUUGUAAGUAGUCUUCCUUUUUUUCUUUUCCGGUACUUACUUCUUGAGCUUCAGCUACAGUUUUUCUCAAAGCCCACUUCCUGUCUCUAUGGGUUUUUAUCGGAUGCUUUGAUACAAAUUUUGGUCAGUAAAUGCUUCUUCUUCCUUCUAGUGUAUUUACAAAUUUACAAUUCCUGCGCUUUAAUAUUUCCAAAGUCGACAUUAAUUAGAUAUGACCUGCCCAAGCAUUUCGAAUAUAGAUUCAUCAGUCCACAGAACUCGUUUCCAGUUUUCUACUGUCCAAUCUUUAUGUUCAAGGGCCCAUUCUAGUCGAGUGGUUUCUUUGUAGAAAGUCUGCCAUUCAGGCCAACUUUUUGAGAGCGUUCCUUUACUAUACUUACUGAUAUCGUGACUUUCAUUGGACCACAUUUGAAUUUCCAGUGUUGUAAGCUUCCUAUUCAUUUUAUAUAUAAGAAUAAAAUUUACUUACCUUCAAAGUAAUAUAAUAAAAUCAAUACUAUAAAUUGAAAAAGUUCAAAAAAUCCCUCAGUAGUAUCGAUACUAUACACGAGAGUUGAAAUAAAUUAAAAUAUAAAAAAUAUUCAUUACAUUUUAUAUUAUUUCCCAAAUUCGUUCAAUUGUUGACAAAAUUUCGAUUUUCAUUGUGAAUAUCAUCAAACAAAUGUAGUUGCUUUUCGGAAAUCAAUAAUUCAUAAAACAUUUUGAUGUUAAAAUUGUAAUCAUUUCAAACAUCCCUCGUAAAUUAACCAAUCGAAUUAUGUAUCUAUCAACAUUUUCCAUAGCAACUUACAAAAAAAUACUUUGCAUGGUGAUUGAGUCACUAUAUGAGGGAGAUGAAAUUUGUUCCUUGUAAUUUGAGUUAAAUAACCCCAUCAAUAUACCACCACAUGUACUGACCAUAUUUAUCGACCAACCAAGAUUCAAGGUCAUGGUCAAACAAAUGUAGUUGCCUUUCGGAAAUCAAUAAUACAAAAAUAAUACAUAACACAUUUUGAUGUUAAAAUUAUAAUCAUCUCAAUCAUCCCUAUGGUGAUUGAGACACUAUACGAGGGAGAUGAAAUUUGUUCCCUACAAUUUUUGUUGAAUUCUAUCAUAAUUUCUCUAUUAGAAUUUUUUCUAUUGCCAAAAUUAUUUGAAACCUUUUGUUGCUCUCUAAAAUGAAAAUUUAGUUCGGAUAAGCGUUAUUUCGCUUCUUCUUACUGCCCUUAUUUAAACCAAACUAAAGAGAAACAGCUUUACAAAACCCGCUCUUCAUAAAUUGUUAAGGACUGAUUUUUUUGUUUGCUCUAGUUGUUGAAUCUGAAAUUUUCCGGCAAUAUUCUGAAAGUAUUUGUAUUUGCAACGAAUAUUUUCAAUUUUUUUUUGUACAUGUACAUAUUUAUCAUAUUGCUCAAUAUUAUAGAAAUUAAUGACGUUUAGAAACGGACAGAAAUUUUAUUUAUACAGGGUGUAUUCAUAAAAAAAUUCAAAAAAAAACUUGCAUAUUUAGUUUUUAAAUUUUUUUCAUCAUCCUGUAUAAUCUGUUAGGUUAAGUCGAGCAUAAAUCAAAAUUUAUGGGUUUUGUUUUCUGACACACUUUUUUUGGUAAUCGAUUAGAAAUUGAUUAUUUAUUCAACUAUUUAAUUAAAACGUACGUUUACUAAAUCGAUAAUUCAAAAUAUAUAAUAUUAAUUAUAACCAUCUAAUUGAACCGGUUAUUUUUUUCUUGGAACUAAUUAAUUUUUUAAUUAUUGAUAAACCUCAUUCCAAUAUUAAAAAUGAUGAUUAUAAGCAAACAAAACAACUAAAAAAUGAAAAAAUUAACUAUUACUUGAUAUUUAUAAAGGCUGUCACAGACAAAAUGACAGUAAAUAAAUUACUUGUUGGUCAUAAACAAUUAAAAAUAAGUUCAUAUAAAGAAACAAAUUUCUUCUUAGUUCUUCACAGCUCAUUCUUUGUAACUCUUCACACAUACAACCAGAAGGUCAUAAACUGUUGUGACAAUUGAAAAUCACAAAAAAAAAGGUUCGUAAAACGAAUAAUAAGUUUUAUUCAUUAUAUUAUUUGUUAUAUUAGACAUAAUUUAUUGGUCAUAAAUAAUUGACACAGUGACAAAUGAGUUCUAAUAACGAAUAAUAACAGUUUUCUUCUUCUUUGUUCACUAUUAAAUAAUUAUAACUCAUCACAAACAUAACUAAAAGGUCACAAACUAUUGUGACUAUAGAAAACCAUUAAUAACGAGGUCGUAUAACGAAUAGGUUUUCUUCCUUGUUUAAUUUAUUAUACUAAACAUAAUGUAUUGGUCAUGAACAAUUGAAAUAGUGAAAAAUGAGUUCUAAUAACGAAUAAUAACAGUUUUCUUCUUCUUUGUUCACUAUUAAAUAAUUAUAACUCGUCACAAACAUAACUAAAAGGUCACAAACAAUUGUGACCAUAAAAAAACCAUUACAAAAUAAUUAUAGGGUCAUAAACAAUUAAGAUAAUGAAAAAUGAGUUUCUAUGAAGUUUUCUUCUUCGUUUUUUACUGUUAAUUCUUUGCAACUCGUCACAAACAUAACUAGAGGGUCAUAAACAAUGAAAAACCAUAAAGAACGAGGUUAUAUAGCAGAUAAAAACAAUCUACUGUUCAAUCUAUGUAACUUGUUACAAAUAUAACUAAAGGGUCAUAAACAAUUGAGAUAGUGAAAAAUUUGAGUGUUUUUGGCGAAUAAAGACGGUUGUCUUCUUCGUUUUCUACUGUUAAUUCUUUGCAACUCGUCACAAACAUAACUAGAGGGUCAUAAACAAUGAAAAAUCAGAAAGAACGAGGUUAUAUAGCAGAUAGAAACAAUAUUCUACUAUUCAAUCUAUGUAACUUGUUAGAAAUAGAAAUAAAGGGUCAUAAAUAAUUCAGAUAGUGAAAAAUGACAAACAAAACAGUCUUCCUAUUCGUACUUUACUGUUCUUUGCAAUUUAUCACAAAAAUAAGUAAUGACAAUGAGAAACCAUAAAAAACGAGACCGUAAAAGCAAAUAGGUCUUCUUUGUUGUGUAAUUUGUCAUACUAAAUAUAAUUUAUAAUAAGUCUUUGAGACAUUAUGACUAGUAAGAAGUAUUUUUUUUUAUUUCUGACUAACUAGAGGGUCAUAAACAAUUAUAACAAUGAAAAGCAAUAAAGAAAGAUUUCGUAUAACGAAUACAAACAGUUUUCUUAGUUGUUUUACUGUUCAACUUGUCAUAAAAAUGAAAAAUGAGUUUGUAUAGGAAAUAACAACGAUCUCCUUUGUUGUACAUUCUUUGAAACAUGUUCAGUUUUUUAUUUUAUCUGGCAGAGUUUCUGUUACGAAAAAGUAGUUAUAGCAGCUUUCUAUAUUCUAUAUUUCUUGAUUUUAUCCCAGUUUGUUAUUAAAACCCACAGUUACCAUGAGGGUUUAACUGCUACUCAAACUUCGCUUAAUUCGCAGAUAUCUACAUUAAGUUAUUCAGUUUUGUUUUCUUUUGUACAAUUUGGUAAUUAACGAGUUUGUAAUUUUGAUUCGGAACAAGAAUUAACCAUUAAAACAAACUUUGACAACCAGUACCCAUUUUGUAUUUUACUUAGCACUGUAAAUAUCUUCUUUUACCCUAAUUAGGCUGUGAGGUAUUUUUCUGCUGUAAUUUAAAAUCUAUAAAGCACAUAUAUUCAAGUAUAUCUAAGCACAUUCGUAGAUAAAAAAAAUGUUAAUCGAAGAAUCUGUUGUCCGUUUCUAAACGCAUAUCUCCGAUUUGUACAAUCAAAAAUAAACCAACACUUCAAUUAAUAGGUCAAAAAAUAUGUUUGGAUGUUAAAAAAACGAUUGUUCAAAUCGGUUUUCGAAUGUAAAAUUUACUAUAAUACGGAAUGUUUGAAGAAAUAACUUUUGGUUCAACAUUCUGUAUGUAUUGUUAAAAAAAACACCUGGUACCUGAAACUCCUUACAUAUAGUUAGAUUUUAAGGAAAAUUGUACAGUUAUUUUAAUUUUUUUGUAUCGUAUAUACGGAUAGUUGAGCUUUUCGUUCGAUCAUCUUAAAUGGAUAAAUCGUUUCACGUAUUUUUUAUCUCAUCUGUAAGUGAUAAGUAUAUGAAUUGGUAUUUUUAUUUAUAAAUCUGAUAAAAAUAAUGAAUUAAGAUCGUAAAAGUAUCCUAUAUUCGUUAAAAUUGUUACACCUUGUAUUUUGCUAGCUUAUCGAUAAUUUGAAAAAGUUUGGCUAGAAAUAUUUUUGCAUUUCAUUCGAAAGAGUUUUAGUUUCUUUUAUUGUCAACUAACUGAAUUAAAAUAAAACAAAAAUUACAUGCUCAAUUCAUAUAGUGAAUAAGAACAGUCUUCUUCUUCUUUUCUGACUACUCAAUUUGCCAUACUGGCCCUAUCAUAGCUAAUUGGUCAUAAAAAAAUGAGAUAAUGUCAAAUGAAUAUGUAUGGCGAUUAAAAACGGUUUUCUUCUUCAUUUUUGACUGUUAAUUCUUUGCAACUCGUCACAAACACAACUAGAGGGUCACAAACAAUUAAAAACCAUAAAGAACGAUGUUAUAUACUAGAUAAAAACAAUCUUCUACUGUUUAACCUGUGUAACUUGUUACAAAUAUAACAAAAGGGUCAUAAAAAAUUGAGUUACUGAAAAAUUGGGUUUGUAUGAGGUUUUCUUCUUCAUUUUUGACUGUUAAUUCUUUGCAACUCGUCACAAACACAACUAGAGGGUCACAAACAAUUAAAAACCAUAAAGAACGAUGUUAUAUACUAGAUAAAAACAAUCUUCUACUGUUUAACCUGUGUAACUUGUUACAAAUAUAACAAAAGGGUCAUAAACAAUUGAGUUACUGAAAAAUUGGGUUUGUAUGAGGUUUUCUUCUUCGUUUUUGACUGUUAAUUCUUUGCAACUCGUCACAAACAUAACUAGAGGGUCACAAACAAUUAAAAACCAUAAAGAACGAUGUUAUAUACUAGAUAAAAACAAUCUUCUACUGUUUAACCUGUGUAACUUGUUACAAAUAUAACAAAAGGGUCAUAAACAAUUGAGUUACUGAAAAAUUGGGUUUGUAUGAGGUUUUCUUCUUCGUUUUUGACUGUUAAUUCUUUGCAACUCGUCACAAACAUAACUAGAGGAUCACAAACAAUGGAAAACCACAAAGAACGAGGUUAUGUAGCAGAUAAAACCAAUCUUCAACUGUUUAAUCUGUGUAACUUGUUACAAAUAUAACAAAAGGGUCAUAAAAAAUUGAGUUACUGAAAAAUUGGGUUUGUAUGAGGUUUUCUUCUUCGUUUUUGACUGUUAAUUCUUUGCAACUCGUCACAAACAUAACUAGAGGGUCACAAACAAUGGAAAACCACAAAGAACGAGGUUAUGUAGCAGAUAAAAACAAUCUUCUACUGUUUAAUCUGUGUAACUUGUUACAAAUAUAACAAAAGGGUCAUAAAAAAUUGAGUUACUGAAAAAUUGGGUUUGUAUGAGGUUUUCUUCUUCGUUUUUGACUGUUAAUUCUUUGCAACUCGUCACAAACAUAACUAGAGGGUCAAAAACAAUGGAAAACCACAAAGAACGAUGUUAUAUAAUAGAUAAAAACAAUCUUCUACUGUUUAACCUGUGUAACUUAUUACAAAUAUAACUAAAGGGUCAUAAACAAUUGAUAUAGUGAAGAAAUGAUUUUGACUGAGGUUUUCUUCUUCAUUUUUUACUUUGAAUUCUUUGCAACUCGUCACAAACAUAACUAGAUGGUCAUAAACAAUGAAAACCCAUAAAGAACGAGGUUAUGUAACAGAUAAAAACAGUCACUACAAGCUUAAACGUAUAUGCGUGACCAUAAAUGUUUCUGUAGAAAUUUUUAAUCAACAUUUUUUUCAUUUUGCAUUAUCUCUCGUGUCCCCUACCUCGAUAUAUAAUAUCUUGCAGGAUCUUUCCACGAAAUUCUAGUUCUAUUUAUUUUGUACAACUUAAUAAAAAAAAUUUUGGGCUAGAUCUGUUAUCCGGGGUUUUUUAAGAUCAUAUCUUAUUGUCAUAAUUUUUUUUCGUGCUAAAAACACAAAAUUAAAACUUCAAUUUUGUUAACGAAAUGAAUAUUGAUGCUAAUUAAACAUCUUCUUAGUUCUUCAUACUCAUCAAAUGCUUGUUGGUUAAGAUAACCUCACUUUUUUCUAGAAAAUUCUAGUUCCGUCUAUUUUGUACUACAGAGAACAAAUCGAAGGUUUAUGUCAUUUGUAUCAAAUGUUAGUAUCAUAAAUAUGUUUCGUGCAACAUUUUUAUAUCCAUUUUGUAGCAAAAUGAAUGAACAAAAAAAUAACUUUAGAGUAGAUUAUAACGUUGGUCAAUUGUGUCUCUCUAUUGGACCUACUUUUGUCGCUGGACAAUCUACAACUUGCUCUCCAUUUCCAAAACACUCCAGUAUCUGUAACUAGAGGAUUUUUGUCUUCCCCACAGUACCUACAUUCGUAUUUGAGGCAAACCUGAUCUUAUAAGAUACUUCCUGAAGCGGAAGGAAAGAAACAUGUAAAUUCAGUGCUGGAAUAAUCUGCAAUGGUUCCAUUUUCAGACAGUAAUUCUUGUAAAUGCAUUUUUCUAUGCCGGUAUAUUGGUCUCCUUGAUUCUCAGACUCAAAACCCGAAGCAAAAAGAUGUUAUUGUUUCUGCUCAAGUCAUCAAGUUUCCUACGGUUUUUUUUCCAUGAUAGGAUGACCAAGGAGUUCAAAAAUGAACUUUUUAUCCUAUAAGAAACCAAGUGAUACAGUUGUAGCAUAUUUAAAUAGAUCCAAUGGCACAGGGGUGCCAAAGAUCUUUUUCUUCUCGUCUUCUACACGCAUCCAGAUGUAGUGGAGAGAAUGUGGAGUGAAUGGAGGUUUCGUCUUCUGUCCACAUCUUCCAAUACAUUACGUGUUAUUUUCAAAAUAUAUUUAGAAGAUAAUCAUUCUUACAAUUCAUCAGUUUCUUCCAGGGAUUGAUCAAGUUUUUACCAUUAACUUCAUUUACCAUAUUUGUGAUGAAAUUUUUUUAUCGGUUCAUAAUCAAAUUUAUGUAGAAAUGUUUUGAAAAUAAAAAAAAUUAUUUCAGUUAAAUAUUUAAGGCAGCUUUGGACUUCUACAUAAUUUUUAACUAAAAAAAUAAAAAAAAAAUAUCAAUUCAUGAUAAAUGUGACUUGUGUAUGUAUGUAAUUAUAUGGAAUGAUGUGCGUAUAAACUAACUGUAUAAUUGUUGAAAAAUAUGUUAAAUGUUACAUAAUUGGAAGAACAGUGUUAAUUGUUAUAUAUUAGACGUUACCGCAGUUGGUUAAACUGGUUAAUAUCCAGACACGGUGGCGUAGCGUUUAUUAAUAUAGAUGUGGGUGAAGCCUCAUAAACGAGGCCCUUUUUUUUUUUCGUACCCAAUAAAUCUAGGUUACCGAACAAGCUUAGACAGUGUCAAAAUAUCUCAUGAUUGCUUUACUGAAGUCCCCUGAUAAAUUUGUUAUUCAUUUACAUACAGUUAAAUCCACUUCGGUUAAUAGUAUAUUGCUAAACAAGAUGUUUUUCAAUAAUUUUCAAGUCCCUUUAAGGGCGAAGGCUCACUUCACCCCCAUCUAGCUACGUCAGUGUCCAAAGUUGUAAAUAAUUUUUAAGUGUACAAAAAUUUUAAUAAAGACACCAUUUAAUCUGUAUAAGUGUUGAACAGGGUUACAAGAAAAUAUUAAUUAUGCACUGAGUUGAAAUUAAAUUAUUCUGAAAUUUAUUGACACCGUAAAAGGCUUUUCUGUUAAAAAAAGUAGUAAAAAUUUAUAUACUUUUCGAAAUGUAUUCAAAAAAUUUUCCAAUUUUUACAAUUGGGACAAAUAUAAUCAACAUAAUUGCAUAUUACUGAGGAAACAUGAAAAUUAUUUUUACAAGAUGAUGUCCUUCGUUCCCUACGACUGAAAAAGGGAUGUUAUUGAUGUCAAAUAACAUCGCCAUUCUUUUAAAUCAAUCAAAAGAUACCAAUUUCAGCAAGUUCAUCAUCAAUAAAAUAACUUUCACCGAUAACAUUCGGUAUCUGUUGGUUGAUGUAGUGUUGAGGUUUAACAAUUUUAACUAUUUGUAGUCAGGAUCAUAGUCAAGGUUUGGCCACAGCUUUGUAGUCUUUUUGAGCUCGAUUAACAUUACGAAGAGUACGAAUUUUCUUACACCACAACACCAUCAAAAGCAUAACAGCCCUGGAUGGGGGAAGACUUUCCUCCGAGAAAUUUUCCCACCGUUUCUCUACACUUAGCUUUAAUAUUUUAUAAUCGAUGUCAACUCCAUCUAUCCAUCAAUAUUUUGGUCUUCUUCUUAGAGGUUUUGACAGAAAGAUCUUUUUUACUGGGUUUACUAACUCCUUAGUUCUUAAAAUAUUUCUUACACUAUCCCCUCGUCUCAUGAUAACACAUUGCAGUUUCUCCUAAAUAAAAAUACCCGCUGUGUAGACUUCUUCUUUUUUUUUAACGUAGAUAACCAUAUUACUAGGUUGUAUGUUCAUUUAUACGUUCUUAACAAGUCUGUUUCCAAUUAUUUUUUAUGUUUGUUCCAGAAAUUUUAUUAUCUUAUCAAAUUAUCAAAUUGAAUAUGAAGGGACAUGAGUUUCUUUGAUUCUUGUGUGAAAAAUGUGGUUUGUCGAUAUAACUAGGGCUUUUGACAUUGAUUAAAUGAUGAAAAGGGUCGAAAUUAUAGACUAAUUAAGUUUAUGCAAGAUAUUAAUACUCUUGUAUAACAAAAAUCAGAGUGGACAUACAACAUAAGCUGUGUAGAAGCCCCAGGUUAAUUACAUUGCUCUAGAGCUACCAAAAUAUUCCGUUUCACUGUUAAACCCUGUACAAAGGAUAAAAAUAAUACUUUGCUUAUUUUUUUAAGCAAAAUGCUACCAAACUCAGUAUUUUUCUUUUAUUUUUCAAACAGAAAUAGUGUCUUUGUUAACAAUUUUUUUGUUACAUUUAAAUUGUCUGGAAAACGACCUUGAAAAUUGAAAAAAAAAAUAAUAUCCAAAGAAUAAUCUGUUGUUUGAAAGGAAAAAAAAACAGUGCGUACAAAAUUUUUUAAUAAAAUGUUAUUUAUGUCACAGAUUAAUUAGUAUGUGCCUUUUUAAAUUGUACAAAAACAACGAUUAUUUUUUAUAUUUUCCUUGUAUAUUUUUAGAGUAGUUCCCGUUUUUUUAUAUAGUUACCGUUUUUUCAGUAGUAUGCUCCAAAACGUGCGGAUUACUGUAUAUUCGAUUAUACCUACACUGGGAACCUUUUUUUAUUUAACUAUACAUAAUAUCAAAAUGAAAACAAAAAAAUUAUUCAGGUAUAUUAAUUCCUAUCGGUCUUAUGUAUAAAAACUAUUGAAAUUAAUUUAUUUUGGAUUGAAAAAAAUUGAUUUACUCAUUUCUUUUUUCAUCUAGUGUAUUCUGUAGUCGGAGUUUCCCUAAUUUCCAACCAGGAGUAGUCUACCAAUUUUUUUUCCUCGAUAACGUUUUCCAAUAUUUCAGCGUAACUUCUCAUCAUAUUCAUCAGUCAUAGUAACAAUGUUUUCGUGAAACAAUUCUAAAUAAAAGUAGGGAAAACGUGAGAUUUUUUUUUUUUUGGUCUACAUUGAACAAUUCCCAGACUUUUUUUUGAUACUAAUCUUGUAGCAAACGUUUCAUUUUGAAUUAUCUUCUAAAUAUCUGUCUCUACAAAUAGUCUUUCUUCAAUUUUGGAUUCGCUAAUAGACAUAAACCUAAAAUAUGUAUAUCUUUCAAAAAUUUGACAUAAAACUUUGUUCGAAAUAUACUAUUUUUCUAAAUUCAAAUAUUUUCUCAGUUUCAAACGUAAAUUAACAAAAUUAAUAUGUUUUAGGGGAUGAUUUUUAGUCACCAAUGAUUUUAUCAUUAUUUUUUGUUGUCGAAUGGUAUAAUUUAUAUUGUUAGGUGAUAAUCGAUUAUACAAGUAUCCCUGUUUGCCUUAAAGUUGAAAUACCACUUUUUUGCAUAAUUUUUCGGAACAAAAAAAUGCUCAAAUAAUGUUAAAAAUGAAAUAAUUCGAAAUUUUACGGAUACAUUUAAAGUAAAAUAAAAAAUAACCGCUUCGAUAAUAUUUUUGUAAUUGUAAAAAUUUUCUUAGUACGACGAAAAAGGUUGAAAAUAAUUUCAAAAAAAAAAUGACGCAUAUUCAUGGUUCACAAAAACUAUUCAUAUACCUCAUAAGAACAUUCCUCGUCACAUAAAAUGUUUCCCAGCACUUUUGCCAACUUGAAAAGAUGAAAGUCAUUUAUUUAAACUUUUUUUUGCGAUUUGUAAGUUUUGGUAUAUAAAAUUUACUACUAAUCAAAAAAUUGUCCAAAAUUACAAAAGUUUUCUUUUCGAUAUCAUAAAAUAUGAAAGUUGGAACCAAAUUUAUAUUUUUUUAACAUAAAAUUUUGAUACAUACUGUAGUACAGUUGCAAUGUAGAUUUUAUACUAUGCAGAACCUUUCACGAAGAAUAAUUUCCUAAUUCUACUAUUUAUAUGAACACAUUGUAUAUAUCUUAUAUACUGCGAAUGAAAUGAUGAUUUUUUAUCCAACUAUUUGUUCUAAUUUAAUCAGAAUUGAUUAUUUUUUCUUUGAGAGUUGGCAAUACCGCACUUCGAAGUAUUAAAAUAGGCCGCUUAUUGAACAGUUACCUUCUACGCAUUUUUUCUUACCAUCUUACAUUCCAAUGCUACAUGUACAAAAUGGUAAAAAUGAAAAGCAAUAGUUUUUUCAAAUCAUUAAUUUUAAACAAUCGUUAGUUUAUGUUUUAUAAUGGUACAAUUUUAUUAUGAGUAGAAGUUACAUAAUGCAUAAUUGCAAAUUACCCCGAUCAAUCCUUAUGGAAAUUGGGUUUCGGCCAUGACACCAUGAUGCUUGAAACAAGCUGGUUGAAAGUCUCAUUGGGCAUAAAAAACCCAAAAACCUUCUCAAAACUACCUCUGAAGAGUCUAAGGGUACCGUAAGCAAAGAGUCUUCGAUCAGUUUUUCUAAAACUUGACACCAUGAUAGUUUGGAACAAGCUGAUUGAAACUCUCAUUGGGCACAAAACCCCAAAACCUUCCCAAUCUCCAAAAAGUACAUCUGAAGAGUCUAAUGGUACCAUAAGAGAAGGGGUUUCUGCCAGUUUGUCUAAAACUUGACACCGUGAUAGUUUGGAAUAAGCUGAUUGAAACUCUCGUUGGGCGCAAAACCCCAAAACCUUCCCAAUUUCCAAAAAAUACAUCUGAAGAGUCUAAUGGUACCGUAAGCAAAAGGUCUUCGAUCAGUUUUUCUAAAACUUGACACCGUGAUAGUUUGGAACAAGCUGACUGAAAGUCUCAUUGGGCGUAAAACCCCAAAACCUUCCCAAUCUCCAAAAAGUACAUCUGAAUAGUCUAAUGGUACCAUAAGAAAAGGAGUUUCCUUCAGUUUUUCCAAAACUUGAUACCAUGAUAGUUUGGAGCAUGCUUACUUUGAACUAUCAUUGUGCCAAGUUUCCAAGUUUUAAAACCAAAUUUCCAUAAGGAUUGAUCGUGGUGUUUUUUCUGGUAUUUAAAAAAUUAACGAUAAUUUAUUCAAUAAACCAUCUUCAUUCUUCGUAAAGCAGUUUUGAUAAGUUAUUGUUAACUUUUGGAUACCGUCCUGUACAUAUUGUUUUGUUAAUGUUAUGAACCAACUUAUAUUUUAACACGUUGACUGCCAAGACAAUUUUCACAAUUUCAUUUAAUCGCAUUAAAUCGUUGAAAUUACUAAUUGAAAUAGGUACAAAGGUAUAGAAAAUGUGGAUUUAAAAAAAAAAUUUCAUUUGUUGAAUUAUGUGAAAAAAAAUCUCUUCGGGGGGUAAAAUAUGAGUUAUUUCGUAGUUGGUAGUCAACGUUUCCUUUCUUAUCUAAAAGAUGCCUCGUAGAUACACACACUCAGUAUAUUUUUCCAUAUUUAGAUAAAUAUCUAUAUAUAGGGCGAUAUAAAUAAGAAAAUAUAAUUUUUUUUAAAUUUUUACCGAAUGAUUUUCAUAGUUUCCGGUAGUUUUAAUAAUGUUAUUUCCAACGAGGCAUCUGUAAUUGUUCUGUUAUACAAAUUUGUACCAAAAUUAACAGUGUCAUGACAGAUAACACCUCUAUUAAUUUCCAAUUUUCCAUUUAUUUUGGUACAAAAGAAAAACUGAUCAAUAUAUACCUUUUUGUUCAAAUACUUAAAAACUGCUUAGUCAGUUGUAGAACUACCUCAUUAUAUUUAUGUUUUUUUUUAUAUAAAUAUAUAAGUAUUGUCCUAAUAUUAUCAAUGUUAGUUUAGUUUUUGUUAUUUUUAAUUUAUAUGAAUACGUUUUUUUUAGAUUCUCAGGGUAGAAAAAUUUUACACGCGUUCUCCACGCUUUACACCGUUUUCAAAUAUAUAUACAGUUCGUCCCAGAUUUUAUAUUCUUACUAUUUAUUACCUCAUUUUUUAUUUUCGAUAUUAAACCUUUAAAAAUUAAAAUCGAAAGUGUCUGGUGGAAAUAUUUUAUCUGGGAUAUUAAUACAAUUAUUUUAUUUAGUAUACCUGUAAGUCUGAUAUGUGAGGCUGCUAGUUUAUAUGUUUGCAAGCCAACAGACUCUCUUUUAUUGUUAAAAAUUUGUGUAAAAUAGAUAUUUAUUUAACAAAUUUCCUUUCAUUUCCACUCGUCUGCUAACAACUGCCAAAUUAAUCUCUAUUUAAGCUGAUAGAGCCACGUACAGCUCUAAAUAUUAAUUUGACAUAUCUGCAUGAACCGCCUAUAGAAUUAAUGGUUCCUAAAUAAGUUAUUUUCAAUUUUUGUUCAUAUCUUUUUAAAACCUGGUAUAUACCUUUUGAAUUCACACUCCCAUACUAAUAUAUAUGGUUCCGAUACAUUGAUAACUACCGAAAGACACAGAAAAAGAUACAAAUGAAAUUCCCCUGGCAAAUUAAGGUACUACCACAAACAAAAGAAAUAAAUGGAAAUAAUUUUGAAGAAAUACUAGAUGAAUAAAGUGACUGUAGGGUAAAUAACCUUUUCGACUCUAAAUAACUUCUUGGGAGCAAUUUAUGGUGAAUUUUACUCACUAGUACGUAUUAUAGUUGUUCAAAAUACUUGUAAUGAUGAAGGUAAUUAAAAAAAUAUCUAUUUUACAUUUAUACCUACUAUUUGUUCUGUUCGGCAAAUCUAUUAACACAUUAAAAAGUGUAAAGUUCCAUAUAAAAUAGAAUCAAUUAAACUGUGGGAUAAUAGUAUUAAGGUAGCUAUCAAUUCAUCAACCAAAUAAGUUAAAAUUAAAUUUCAAUCAAUAGAUCAACUUUUACAAUUACACUGUUUGGUGGUAUCAGUCAAUCGAAGGUUCAUAUACGGCUCGAAGGACCAGACGAUAUAAUAAACUUUAAGGUACUUUGAGUCAUUGUUAUACUACUCAAUGUACCAAACAAUAUACCCGAAAAACUAGCUGGUACUUUGAGUCAUUGGAAGGUCAUUGAAAGACCAAAGAAUGUAAUGAACUUUAUGAUACUUUGAUUCAAAUGUUUUAAAGAAGUAAAAUUAUAAUUAUAAAGUUCAGAAUAUAUAUUUUAAUGAUCUGAUGGUUUAUACAUAAAUAAUUUUAUGAAUAUAUUUCUAAAAAGUGGUUUAAUGAGUUAGUGAUUUCUGGAUGUUAAUAACUAAAUUAUAUAUGACACCAUUCGAACAAUUUUGAUUUCAUAAUUACACCACCCUUUAAAUAUUUGGUUGAUCGACUAACAAAGGACUAAUAGUUUUUUAUUUUUAUGUUAAAAUAGUGAUACAAAUACAAAAUAUCCAGUUCCUUAUAUACACUGCAAUAGAAACUAAUAAGACUUAACUUUCUGUAUCGGUUACACAUUACACGUUUAAGCUCAGCAAGGAUAAUUCAGAUGAAAAGAAUCAUAAAUAAUUGGAAUUGGUAGACGAAUUAAAAUAAAAUGUAAACAGAAAACAAGUUUUACUUACAAACAAAUUACUUUUAAUCCAACCAGUUGGCGACUGAGCUUUUGAGGUAUCAGCUCGUUCAAGUCCACUGAUGGACAAAAGCAUACCGUAAUUGAAUCCAUCUGGAUCGUUUCUAUGCGGUAUUCAACCAGUUAGAUAGCAUUCCCUUAAUAUAAUCGACCCAUCUCGUUAAUGGACGUUCCCGUGUGACCUUUCCACUCCAAAAAAUUUUUGCCCACCGUCCAUUGAGAAACCCAACUACGUGGUCGUCCCAGCUAGUGAAGUAUAGCUUUCAAAAUUCAUAUAAAGCUUAAAAUAAUUUGCUAAUAACUUGAAAAUUCAGUACCUGUCGAUUUGUUAGUAUAAAACAAAAAGUUUGUCCGAAAGUAAUUGUUACUAACGGUUAUCUGCGUUUGUUUCCUUCAGUUACUUCAGGAUGCUCGCCGCUUUUUAUUUCACAGCUUUAACAGAUUCAUAUCUUAUUCCUUUUAAUGCAGCUUUGACCAUAGGAAAGAGUUAGAAUUCUUCGGCGAGUAAGGUGGGUUCUACUUGACUAGAAACCUCUUAAUAUACAGUAUCGAAUGCGCUGGCGUCUUGAUGAAGAAGCUAUGGUAUCCCCAGGUCUCCAUAUAGUUAGAGUAGAUACCAGGAUGUGGUGGUGGGCAUUCGUACAAUUUUUUACUGGCUUCUUUGUAUUAUGUAUAUAUACAUAUAUAUACCUAACCAAUUUGUGCAUCUUCUUAUUUCUAUUCCUAAUAGCCAUAUUGGUUUGAUGAGAGUUUUUUUAUGGAAAAAGAGGAAUACCAACGAGGUAGUCCUCAUUAUCUUAGUAUUUACUUGACGACUCAUUCUGUUGGUUUUAUUUUUGCCCUUUUUUUUAUAUUAUCAAGCUUUAAAAGUGUAAUUAGAUACAGAAAUGUAAUAUAGGGCAGAAUAUUUGUACAAUUCUUAUUAAAAACGUUGGUAAUUACAAAAAAAUUGUUGGGACUAAAACAUCUCAUAUUUAAAACCAAUUUGGUUAAAAGUAGUGACUGUGUUACAACGUACCUUUGGUAUUGUAGAUUCAAAAUAACUUGUUAUGUAAACACUGUGUAUAUUCUACAAGUAUGUAAUGAUACAUUCCUACAGUACUACCACUUUGUAACAUGCCAUUCGGCUCGUUACUUUUUCCUUCAAACAUUUUGAAUACUCAUUCACGUAUUGUGGCGCAGUAGUCACUUCUGAUUUAUUUAUCCGACCUCCCUCUUCGAAUUUUUCCUGUAUCUAUCUACACUUUAAAUCAAAGUGAAUUUUAGUAAAUUUGUGGUAAUUUCAUUCUUUAUAUUCGUUGGUAUGUUUUCCUUUCCUUUAAUUCGCUUAAAACAAAAGGAAUCCCAUAAGAUAACUGGAAUUUUUUGUGAACACAAUAAUUUAAAAAAAGCAAAGAUAAACUUACCAGCGAAUGUAAAAAAUAAAAUCACCACAUAUUUACUUUCAUUUAAAGUGUAGAUAGGUAAAAGAAGAUUUUGAAGUGGUAGGUCAUAUGUUGAAAUAAAUAAAUCAGAAGUGACUACUGUGCCGCAAUACGUAAACAAAGGAUUAUUCAAAAUGUUCGAAGAAAAACGUAACAAGCCGAUUGGCAUGUUACAACUUUAAUCCAUUUUGUGUUUUUCCGAUGAUGAUUAUCAAUGUUUUUAAUAAGAAAAGUAGUCUGCUGUUCACUUAAUAAAAUCGCCGGUAUUUUACAAAUAGAAUACAGAGUAGUUUAAAUAUGUUAUUUUUCUAUUAUCCUAUGGUGAAAAAAUGGAUGAAAAUCUAACACUGUUUUUAAAUAUUUCAUAUAUUUAUUAAUAUUAAGAAUGUAAUUUAAUUAUACAUGGUGUAAAUGUGUUAAUAAUAUAUUUUUGUACGCUUGAAUGAUUGCGAUCUGGUAAGUAUUCUAAACGAAUAAAAUAAAUAUGAACAAACUUUG